UUUUAAAUUCAUUUUGCUUCGCAUUCUCCUUGGUGAGACGUUCUCGAGUGCGUAUAUUAUUUUAUUAACGAUCUAUUUGAUUUUCUUCUUCACAUUGCGGCUGGUUCAUUGUGUUUUUUGAUAUAUACCGUGUCGACCAACUUUCAGUCGCCGGUAAAUUGCGUGAAGAUGGGGAAAAUAUUGUUACUUUUCGUGGCACUGGCUGCUGUUUGCGUGUCCGGAUUUAUUCGGGUGCCACUGUACCGCAUACAAACAGUGCGGGACCACCUCCGCGAGGUGGACACUGACCUCCAUGUGUACCGCAUGAAGUACGCCGUCUCAGGACCAGCCCCCGAGCCUCUCUCCAACUACUUAGAUGCGCAGUAUUUCGGGCCGAUCUCCAUCGGCAACCCGCCGCAGUCGUUCAAGGUAGUUUUCGACACAGGCUCCUCCAACCUGUGGGUGCCCUCCAAGAAGUGCCACUACACCAACAUCGCCUGCCUGUUGCACAACAAGUACGACAGCGGCAAGUCAACGACUUACCGCCAGAAUGGCACCGAAUUCGCCAUACACUACGGCUCCGGCAGCCUCUCAGGGUUCCUCUCCACAGAUGAAGUUACUGUGGGAGGUAUAUCAGUGAAGGACCAGACCUUCGCGGAAGCAAUGUCUGAGCCGGGCCUGGCCUUCGUGGCAGCCAAGUUCGACGGCAUCCUCGGCAUGGCGUUUUGCAGCAUCUCCGUGGACGGGGUGCCGCCGGUGUUUGACAACAUGGUGUCUCAGGGACUCGUCAAGCCGGUGUUUUCCUUCUAUCUCAACAGGGACCCGCAGGCGGCGCAGGGCGGCGAGAUCAUCCUCGGGGGCUCGGACCCGGCGCACUACCGCGGGAACUUCACCUACGUGCCGGUACACCGCCCCACCUACUGGCAGUUCUCCAUGGACCGUGUGCAGGUCAAGGGCGCCACCCUCUGUGCCAAGGGUUGUGAAGCUAUCGCUGAUACUGGUACUUCCCUGGUGGCCGGCCCGGUGUCGGAGAUAGCGGCGCUGAACAAGGCCAUCGGCGCGACUCCGCUCGCGUUCGGCCAGUUCGCCGUGGACUGCACGCUGAUCCCGCACCUGCCGCCAGUCUCCUUCACCAUCGCCGGGAAUCAGUUUACACUCAACGGGGCUGAUUAUGUGCUGAGAGUGUCCCAGUUCGGCAAGACUGUGUGCCUGUCAGGGUUCAUGGGGCUGGACAUCCCGCCGCCCAACGGCCCGUUGUGGAUCCUCGGAGACGUGUUCAUCGGAAAGUACUACACCGAGUUCGACGUCGGCAACAAGCGGCUCGGGUUCGCGCCCGCAGUCUGAACACAACCUCACACCAUGUAACCACGCUCUACGUUACACAGUCACCCUUACCAUACAAGAUAUAUCAAUCCCAAUAUGGGCCCCAACCUUCAGGGGGCAUUUCGAAAAUGGAUUCCUUAU